AAGUAUAUCUAGGUAGCUUAAACAACAAUGAGAAUACAUUAAUAGCUGUUAAAAUGUCACAAUGUUCUGAUGCAUGCAACGAACCUGAAGCUAGGCAUCAAUUAAUGGAAGAAAUCAAAAUAAUGAAAGCAGCUGGUUCUCAUACACAUUUAGUCAGCCUUAUAGGUUGCUGCACUUUACCAAAUAAUCCUAUAUGCAUAAUUUUAGAAUAUAUGGAAGGUGGGGAUUUGCUUGCCUAUCUACAUUGUAGAAGAAAAAUCAAAUCAGAUGAUAUAUCUUUGUGCAGUUUUGAAAAGGCUGUAUCUAGGUACGCAAAUAUUGUUGAAAAAAAUGACAAUUUAUAUGAUGUAAUUGAGAAGCAACAAUUUAUGAAGUUUGCGCUUGAUAUUGCAAGAGGAAUGGAAUAUUUGGAAGCUAAAGGAAUUAUACACAGAGAUUUGGCAGCAAGAAACAUCCUCCUCACUUCAUUGUCAAAUCCAACAUUAAAGAUUUCUGAUUUUGGUUUGUCACGAAAUGAAAUAUAAUAAAUAAUAUAAUGGCAA